GCGGAGCUUCCCCGACCAAGGCCAUCAAUUCAAUGAGGAAUAUCGGAAUGAUGACCAUCGCCAUGCGUACGUUCAACAAGAUCCAAACACUGUAUUUUGUACCUGCUGUGUUCCAAGGUUGGCAAAAUCAUCAGCAAGCUCUAUUAGAGGACUGUCAAGGGAAAGAGCUUCGGUUAGCAGGAGAUGCCCGUUGUUGUUCCCCCGGCCACACAGCUAAAUUCGGCAGUUAUAGUGUGAUGGACAUGAGUACUUCGAAGAUUCUAGAUGUACAGAUGGUCCAGGUGACAGAGACGAAGAACUCAUAUUGGAUGGAACUCCAGGGCCUGAAAAGAUGUCUGCAGUUCCUUGGUGACAAAUCAAUGAACGUGACCCACAUCAUUACGGACAGACAUUCUCAGAUCAAGAAGUAUCUUCGUGAAACAUGGCCAGCUAUUAUCCAUUGGUUUGAUGUGUGGCAUGUUGCUAAAGGAAUCCGAAAGAAACUUGACAAGUUGGCAAAAAAGAAACUGUGCAAGUCCAUUGGAAACUGGGCUGCCUCCAUCUCCAACCAUAUCUACUGGUGUGCGGCAAGCAGCAAAGGAAAUGCAAAGUUAGUUCUUGCCAAGUGGCUGUCUGUUGGGCGACAUGUCAUCAACAAACACAGAGGUCAUGGAGCUCCAUUCCCAAGGUGUCUGCACAAGCGAUUAGAAGACAGAGACUGGAUGAAGGAAGGUUCCAAGGCGUACCUAGAACUGAUGCUUGUUCUGAAGCAACCUGCCCUCAUACGUGACAUCGGACAGUUAUCACCAGCUGAACAGACGUCCUCACUCGAAUCAUACCAUAAUAUAUGCUGCCACUUCGCACCCAAGUCGGUUCAUUUUCCCUAUGAAGGAAUGAAGGCACGACUCUUUUUGGCUGCCAUCCAUUUCAAUGAGAAUUCCAAUCGGGACCAAGCAGUGGACAAGGACGGCUCAGAACGGUGGUCGAUAUCAUAUCCGAAGGGGAGAAAGGGAGAGCCAAUUGCUAAGGAAGUCAAAGUUCCUGUUACAUAUAGUACAUUUACCUGCCUUUUCAAGGCAUUUGAAAGUAAGCCAGACUGA